AUGCCUAGCCCGAGUUCUGGGGGUGAUUAUCAAGAAACAAGAAAUGAUGAUCUUGAAGAAAUGGUGAGUCGUGUGAUGUAUACUUCUGGGGGAGAUGAUGCUGAACUCAGAGAUAAUAUUGCUGAAGGCUUUGCUGAAGGUGAAGAUAUGGAGAUUAGAGGGGAAUUAGGGUUAGAACCUGAAAUAAAUCCACAGGAUGGUUAUAUGAUUCAAAACAAUGAAGAUAUCCCUUUUUCUUCACCAACUCCUCAAUAUUCUCCACAGAAUUCACCUGAGAGUGUGGUUGAUUCAGUAUCAUCUUCAAGCAUUCCUCUAGAAAUAAACCGAGCAAGUGACCUUUUAAUGGCAGUCUCUCUUGGUCCUGAAGAAAACAAGACUAAAAUCAGUAAGCUUGCAAACUCAGCCAUGGAAGAGCUAGUUAGGAAGGCCUUAAAAGGAGAACCUCUAUGGCAACGACAAGCUGUACUUGAUUCCGAAAUUGAGAUCCUAAAUGAAGCUGAAUAUAUAAGGGAAUUUCGCGCUUUUGAUGCAAGUCUUGAAGAGAUCAUGAGAAUGAUUGAGGUUGGAGAUCCUCAAAGUUUUGCUACCUUAGAUGCAAAUUGUGAUUUCUCCGGCGAAUGUCACCAAAAACCAAGCUUGUCAUCUCGAGAAGCUGAACCAGAUGCCCUUCAAACUGAAGCUUCAAGAGAAAUAGGGUUUGUGAAUGUGAAUGCUACCACCAUUGUUGAAUGGCUCAUGGAUUUGAAGCAAUGGUCAUCAGCAUUCUCUAAAAUUGUCUCAAGAGCAAGCAUACUUGGAGUCCUAUCCAAUGGUAUAGGAACUGGGAAUUAUCAUGAGACUUUACAAGUGAUUAGGGCAGAAUUCCAUAUGCCAACACCACUAGUUCCUGCUAGAGAGUGUCAAUUUGCAAGGUAUUGCAAACAGGUAGAGUCUAACACAUGGGGAGUGGUUGAUGUAUCCUUGGAAAACAUAUUCCCUUAUCCACAAGUAAGCUUUAGAAGAAGGCCAUCAGGCUGUUUGAUCCAAGAAAUGCCAAAUGGAGAAUCCAAGGUGACUUGGGUUGAGCAUGUGGAAGUGGAUAAUAGACAAGUCCAUAGAAUUUUUCACCCAUUUGUUCUCUCUGGUUUUGCUUAUUGUGCAAGGCGUUGGCUUACCACUUUAAUCCGCCAUUGUGAAUGGGUUGCAACUUUAAUCUCCCAAAAUGCUCAUUUUCUAUUUGUAGAAGGAGGAUUAGUAAGCCAACAUGGGAAAGAAAACUUGUUAAGGCUGGCAGAGAGAAUGAUGAGAAGCUUCUGUGCAGACUUUAGUGCUUGCAGUAAUAAUUUAUGGAUUCCAAUGCCAGUAAGUGGAGGAGAAGAUUUUAGGGUAAUGACUAAGAGCAUUACAGCUGCAAUUUCAGGAUGUGCCACUGCAACGAUAGCCUUCACAUCUUCCCUUUGGCUUCCUCUUCCUCCUAGAAGAGUAUUUGAUUUUCUGCGUCGUGAGGAUUCCAGAAACAAGUGGGAUUUACUUUCCCAAGAACUCGAAAUUCAAGAACUUACACACAUCAUCAAGGGAGAUAACCCAGACAACCGUAUCUCUGUCUUGCAAGCGAACUCUGAUUCAAGCCUGAUAGAAAUUUUGUACCUGCAAGAGAGCUACAGCGACCCAACUGCACUCUACGUUGUUUAUGCUCCGAUGGACAUCUUCUCAGUGGCUGCAAUAUUGAAGGGAGGAAGUCCAGAUUAUGUAAAUAUUUUGCCAUCAGGAUUUGUGAUACAUCCUGCCACACAAGUAAUGAAUUAUAAUGGAGAGGAAGUUGGUGGAAGUCUGCUUACCGUUGCAUUUCAUAUUGUUGAUGGUUUCUCAAUGGAGGAUAGCCUAUAUAUUCCUCGUGAAUCUGUUGAUACUGUUUGCAGAAUCCUCACAGAAACUGUUAUCUUGAUCAAGGCUGCUGUUUUAGCUGAUGACUCAUAGAACUAUGUAUUUAGCCACACAGUAAGUAAACGUUCUUAUGUAGCUGUAUUAACUCCUCGUAAAGAGCUUAUUCCCUAAUCUUUUCUGAUACUGGUAAUUGACCAAAUGUUAAUAAUUUGAAGACCUUCUAAAGUAAACCCUAAUAACGAAAAGAGCAGAAGUUGAAGGAUACAGUGUCAAUGCGUUUUGCUUUUUUUUUUUUGGGGGGGUAAGCAGCAAUGUGAAUGUAAUGUUGAACAAUAACAAGUUAAUUAGGGUUUUUGUAUGUCUUUUCAGGUUGGAUUUGGAUCUUGUUAUAUACUAGUUUGUUUUCAUAAAAUAUGGACACCCGGAAGGAAACUACGGGAGGGAUAGUGUUUAAAACUUUGAAUCAAUAGGCAGCAGGUAUGAGUUGAAUAGGGAUGAAGAGUGUUUUUUUAUUUUUAAUUUAUAAGAGAGAAAAUUUCAUUAAAAAAAAUAUGUGUGUAUACACAAAAGAAAACCACAGUAUAUAAA